AUGAAGUGGCGAAUCUUGUCAAAGUUGCGAGUUGCAAAGCUUCGACGCUAUGUACCACGAGUGCUUUUUUUGGUUUACUUUGGCCUGGUGGGGUUUGCUUUGUUCAACUAUCGCAGUCACUGUAUCGAGACAAUGCCGAAUAGUAUUAUAGAACUUUCAAAGCUAGACCAUUCUGAUGUUGGGAGAUGCAAGCUGGAAUUUGAUAAAUUAGGUGAUGCAGAUGUCGACAUCUUUGGUGAGCCGACUGAAGACAGCAUUGUUGCAGAAAAUCCACAUAUAGAGAAGGGUGGCACCUGGGAACCAUCAGAUUGUCGCUCCUGGCAGCGGAUUGCAGUUAUUAUUCCAUACAGAGACCGACUCCAUCAUUUGCACAUCCUGCUGCGCCGCUUGCACCCUAUGCUGAAAUUGCAGAAGAUUGCUUACAAGAUUUUUGUCAUUGAGCAGGCUGGGACUGAUAAGUUUAACAGAGGGAAGCUGAUGAAUGUUGGUUACCUGGAGGCUCUGCGGCUGGGACACUUUGACUGCAUGGUGUUUCAAGAUGUGGACCUUCUGCCUGAGGACAAUAGAAACUUGUAUCUUUGUGACGAAUAUGCUCGGCAUCUAGCCUCCGCCAUUGAUGAGAUGAGAUACCAUGUGAUGUAUUACAACUAUGCUGGUGGAGUUAUUGCCAUGAACAGACACAACUUUCGCAGAAUCAAUGGCUACUCAAACUCCUACUGGGGUUGGGGAAAUGAGGAUGAUGAUUUCUCGGCAAGGAUUCAAGAGUCGGGCUUGUUGUUAACAAGACCUCCAGCUCACAUAGGCAGGUUCAAGAUGGUGAGACACACUAAGGAGACACGUUCAGAACAUGGGAAUGAAAUGUUUCUGGGCUGGAAAAAACGGUGGCCUAGAGAUGGUUUGAAUGACCCAGUGGGUAUGAACUACACCGUGAAAGAAGUCACAGAGGGUCGUCUUUACACGAAAGUCUUGGUGGACAUUGGGAAGCCACCUGCCAGCAUGGAUGUCUACAUGUCAGACCAUUCCAACGAUGUUUCUAUCUGGUGGUUUUUGUGGUAUUACUAUCCAUAA